GUUUGACCGAUGUUGAAACGUCAUAACUGACAACCUUGUCAUUAUACUGGGGAAUAUGCAAAAUAUUUUCCAUUAAUUCGUGAUGUCCCUCUUUUCGUGCCAGCAUGGCUGACCGAAAACAAACCAAAGAAAUUUGUACAGUUUUAUGGUUGUGUAUAUUUUGGUAUGCGGUUAGUUCAACGAACAAUGUCGUCGGCAAAACGGUACUCAACGAAUUUCCGUAUCCCCUGACAAUGACAAUGGUCCAGCUGUUAUCCAUAACAGUCCUGAGCGGGCCCCUUUUCAAUCUCUGGGGCGUUAGAAAGUAUGUAGAUAUCCCUUGGAAUUAUUACUUGAAGCUUAUCGUUCCUUUAGCCUUUGGAAAGUUCAUAGCAUCUGUGUUUUCGCAUGUAAGCAUAUGGAAAGUUCCUGUUUCCUAUGCCCAUACUGUGAAGGCGACAAUGCCCCUGUUCACUGUGAUCUUAUCUAGAAUGAUAAUGGGUGAAAAACAGACAAUGAGAGUAUAUCUCAGCCUGAUACCAAUCAUCCUAGGCGUAGGCAUAGCAACGUUGACAGAACUGAGUUUCGAUGUUAUCGGGCUGAUCAGCGCGCUUGUAGCAACGGGCGGUUUCUCGUUGCAGCACAUCUUUUCCAAGAAGGUUCUACACGACACAGGAGUGCAUCACUUGAGGUUAUUGCAUAUCCUCGGGCGUUUGGCGCUGUUUAUGUUUUUGCCUGUGUGGAUUUUCGUGGAUCUUUUCAAGCUAUUGGAUGACAACACAUUGACAUUCAAAAAUUAUAGGAUAUUAGGACUAUUAGUGACAGAUGGUGUUCUGAACUGGCUACAGAACAUAAUAGCAUUCAGUGUGCUGUCGUUAGUGACACCUCUCACGUAUGCUGUAGCAAAUGCUAGUAAGAGAAUAUUUGUGAUAGCUGUGUCACUGUUCAUACUUGGAAACCCAGUCACAGCCACUAACGUUUUUGGCAUGAUGCUUGCGAUCCUUGGAGUGCUAGCCUACAAUAAGGCGAAAUAUGACCAGAGGCAAAAAGAAAAGAAAGAAACCAUCCUGCCGUACAACACCCAGCAAGGUUGGCAAGAGAGAAACAGCCUUUUGUUGAAAGAAAACGGGUAUCUUAAUGGGGGACUAUCCGAGUAUUCUAAUGGUUAUAUGAAAAAAAUUGAAGCUAAUCAAGCGAAUAAUAAUACGUAUAGUUUCAUACCUCACGCGACUAAGGGAAAUUUGCUAUUCGUUUGAUAAAAAUAGUAUAUUUAUUUUGUGAGACCAAGGGAAAUAAGCAAUCAAAUGUAAAAACAUUCUUCUCAGAAAAUCAUCACAGUAAUCUUUUAACAACUGAAAUUCUCAUAAUGGCUCCUUUUAAAAAAACUUGUUAUUGUAGAUAUACAAUUUUUGGACAAAGUUGUCCAAAGACCUAACUAACUAUUGAAAUUUUUGUCUUAAAAUAGUAUGAAAUGUUUAUAGUUUGAUUUUGCUGGAUUCCCAUAUGGUCUGUGUGUGGAGAUUCUAAGCUUAUUCGUUGAGUUCCGCCAAGGUAGGUCAGUAUUAAAUUGUACAGUUUGUUUUUUUGUGGUCAGCCAGCUGUCAAGAAAAUUUUUAGAUUGUAGAUAAAUAAAAAAAAAUAGGAAAUGACGAAAUAAGUGUGACGUGUAGGUUGUAUAUAGAAUAUUUAUUGUAAAUGUUUCACUUUUGAGUGAAGAAAACAUGUUCACAAUUAAAAAAAAAACAUUCGAAAACAUAUUUGUAAGGGUAAGAGCCUCGCAUUCGUUGGAAAAAUCUUUCAAUUUGACUUUUCGACGUUUACUGGCGGUAGUGUAAUCGCGAAGAAAUUCGAAAAUGAAAUUUGUUUUUAUUUAGAAAGUACGGUUCGGAUUUUGAUGAAAUUUUUACACAAAAUUACUACCAUGUCAAGGACGAAAAAGCGUUCUAGUUUUUGGAAAACGUUUUUUAUCCUCGUCAUAGGAAGUAGGAUAGUAUUGAAACAAAUUUGCAUCGGGUUAUCAUCCGUCAUGUCGUCCAAUAAACAUGCUCAUGAAAUAAAAAUCAAGUUGGAAUUUCUAACAUGUUUACGAGGUUUUUGCCUCGCCUAGUAUGCAACGUUAUUUAAUAUUCACUUAUGAAAGCAGCUUAAACCUUAAGUUAUUUAUUCACAAUAUGCAUUAGCUUGAAGCCAAAUCUUGGUUUUGUUUUUUAUCGUUAGUUUUAAAUCUUUCAGUCUCCGAGAUAUUGAUCUGCUUUCACUUUUAAUAAUUCUGUCAAUAAAGAAAGUCGAGAAUCUUAAUUUUGUGUAUACAGGGUGUUUGCUAAUUGUAUGAUAAUAUUGCAAUUUUUGGGGCAUUUUAUGAAGAAAAGUUCGUAUAAGUAUUUCAACUUUUGAGAUCAGUUGGUCAAGUUUCUCAGUUGACUGAUUUUACUUAAUGUAAAAAAAUGAAGUCUGUAUUUAUUUUUGAGUAGUUUUGAUCUUUUUUGCGCGUACGGUUUUUACCUAAAAAAAUAAAAUAUAUUUCUUUGCACCGUGAUACUGUCAUAUUAAUAAUAUUACAGAGAAUUGUUUUAUGUUUUUGUAAAAGAAAACCGUGCAUUGGAUCGAAAGAAAUCAAGCAAUAAAUUUUGCUGGACUUCAAAAAUAAUUUCUGCUUACCACGUUUUUUUUGUCAAAAAGGUAAGUCAAAUCCAUCGACCAUCUUUACUUUUAUCUCCUCGCAUUUUUUUACUCAAAUAGCUGCCAAAUCCAAAGUAACCUAUCAAUCAGUCUGAAAUUUGUUGUGCCGUCGUUUGAUAGAUGGCAGCACACGAUGACAACACCAACUUCCCUCGGGAACGCCCACUGUCGUCAAGCACGGGUACUUAUUGAAAUUGAACAAGCUUCGCAGUAUUUAGAUGGAGAACAAUGGACUCAUUUUUGAAAACUUUUUAUUUCAUUAAAAUAUCUAAAGUGGUAUUACAGAUAUUGGCAACAAAUGAGUUAUUUUUAAAAGUUAAUACGUUAUGUUCAUAUGAAGUAUUUUCUUUAAAACGGACCCAAAAAUCGUCCCCUUACAUAUUGACAUUCAAUUAAGAUCAUUAUGUUGAAAAUUUGAAGUACUUAAUUUUGAUAAGUGGUUUCAGAAAAUCUCUAAUAACUUCUCAAGUUAUAUUUCUGAAAAGAAUUUGCUACACCUAAAAGACGAUACUGAAAUACGUAAUAUAUCACAAAUUCUCAUAGAACACUUUAUAGGUAUUAAGUAUUUAAAAUGAUCUUGUGAUGAUCAUAUGAAGUUAUCAGAUUUUAGAAACUGAGCGCAUUCAGGGAAUGACAGUACUGUAGUGCUUUAUGUCACUGCCAAAUGUGAAAUGUCACAGUGGUACACAGUGCUAUCAUUCCCUAGAUGCUUUCUAAAAUUCCGUUUUUUUAAUGAAGUAAGGUGUAGAACGUAAUUUUGCUGCUCAAUUUAUUUUUUAUGUGCUAUGAAUUGAAACUUCUAGGAUAACACUAUAUUAUGUUAAUAUUGAAUGAGAUUAUAAUAAUAUGGUUAGAAAUGAAUGCAUAGAUUUUACUUAAUAUAUUUUUGUAAAUAUAUGUAUAAAGUGUAUCAUCAGCUGUAUUAUUAUACUUUUUAGGUGUAUGUAUAGAAGAUUUUUAGUAAAACGUACUAAAUGCCGCAAUAAUUUGAAAAAAAAGAUAUGGUAUCUGAUAACGUUGUUUUUUGAAAUAAAACACUGUACGCUUUGUAAAUAUUUUAAAUAUAUAAUUUUUGGAAAUCAUA